AUGCCGAUGAAUGAAUCCGCUCGACGCUCAGAGCCACCCGACGAACCAUAUCUCAGAAGUGAGGCCUUGUUAUCUCCAACCUCACCAAAGCCACUGCAGUUCCCACACCCGACCAACAUACCAGUGCUGGAGAACAUGAUGGACGUCGGCUUCAACCAGACUGAAGCUCACAUGAACGAUCCGGCCAUGCGCGACACCACCCUUCGCGCCGAUGCCUGGCGCGAUCCGAAUGAACAGCAGAACGAGGCCACCGAUCAUGCUUCACCCUUCUCGACCGGUGGCGACGCAAUCGAUGCAGCGAAGCAAAUUGACGGCGUUCAACCUUCUGGACCACUUGAUGCGAGUACUGCUUCACAUAGCGACCAGUCACCAACCAAUGACGAUGACAAACAAUUCUCAUCGCUUCUCAAUGGCAUCUCUAAUGAUGCAGACUCCCACCUCCAGGCAGAAGCCGCGCCCGAUGCCACGUCUGUGGAAGCACCCCAAGCUUCACCACAUCAGACCGUUUCCGCUGUUGCGUCUGCACCCACCGCAGACGAUGUCCCAGUCCAGUCAGAUGCGGUCAACCCAGAACCGCGGCCCACGCCCAUCCCAGGCACUGUUGACGUUCAAGCACUCCUGGACACGUUAUCGCAAAACCCUUCCGCUCCCUCUAAUGCGGCAAAUGUUGCGCCCAGUGCCGAAGGCCUAGCUGCCAUACUGUCUUCAUCCCAUGCCCAAGCCCAGCCGCCAGUCACCGGCACCGAGGCUUCGUCGUCUCUGUCAGCACCAGGUCUUGGUGCACCACCCAGCGGCCUCCCCGCUCGUCCUCCACCCCAAGACGCGCCGCUCAUGAACCCAAACUAUGUCCACUCCCAACACAUUCGAGACUAUCACCCUCAUGCCGCCAACCCAGCCGUCCAGUCGCAUGCCCAUAACAACAGCUCCGAUAAUGCCGACCAGAGUAAUGCCGCUUUCGCACAGUCUACGCCAGGAGCUACGAUCCAGCAGCCUGCCGUGAACGCUCAGAACUAUCCGAAUGGUCAGCCUCCAAGCAACGGCAUCGUUACGCCAUCGACCCAGACCUUCCCACCUGCGCAACAGCAGUACACCACGAGCGGCACGUCAGUCGAGAGCAGACGAGAGUUCAAGGUCAAUGCUGGCCAGACACUCACAUCAGACGAUCAGCCAUGGACACAAGACAUCCAGCGCAAGUACGAUCACUUCAUGGAAGAAGAGAGAAGAUACGUGAAUGAGGCACGCUGGGACCAGUUUCCGAAUGGCUCGCGCCUGUUCGUCGGCAAUCUCAGCUCGGAGAAGGUAACGAAGCGCGACAUCUUCCACGUCUUCCACACCUACGGCGAUCUCGCUCAGAUCUCCAUCAAGCAAGCCUAUGGCUUUGUGCAGUUCCUGCGUACCGAAGACUGCCAGCGCGCACUCCACGAAGAGCAAGGCAGACAGAUCAGAGACAAGCGCAUUCAUCUUGAGGUCAGCAAGCCUCAAAAGAAUGGCAACAAACAGCAGCAGAACAAUGGUCGCCGAUCUCGCUCUCCCGACCACAACAACCGCGGCCGCAACGAUCGUAAUCGCAACGGACGAGACCACGGACGAGACAACGGCCGAGAUCGAGGAGGAUACAGAGCCAACUAUGGCCGAUCACCAUCACCACCACCACGUGGGUACCGCGACCGAUACGAAGACAGAUAUCGAGAUAGGAGGUCAAGAUCGAGGUCGCCAGGUUAUGGCAGAGACAGAUACCGCGGCAGCAGUCCACGUCGCACGCCCGAGGACGAUCUGCCUCUACCACGCCGCGAACCUCGCGAUGUGCCAGACGUGCAGAUCAUCGCACUCGACCAGCUGGAGCGCGACUUCCUAUCUUGGGUCGAGAAAGCGUUCACAAGCAAAGGUGUUCGCGUGGAUGUAUUGAUACUGUCACCACGUCUGAGCGAGGAGGCAGUGGUCAGACGUCAGAUCAUGGAGGGCGUUCUGGCGGUGUCUAAGCUCCGCCGUCAGAAUCAGAACUCUGCAAAGAUCGGCUUGACCAUCUUCAAGCGCAAGGCCGGCUCUCGCGAUGUGCAGUUUGAAGAGUACGACAACCUGGACCCAGGCAUUUGCACUGAGCUCGUACUCAGAGAGAAGCAACUUCAGGGUACUGUUCCGAGCUAUGGCAACUACCCGCCUCAGUAUGGUGCUCCUACUCCACAACCACCGAUGCCGCAGUAUGGCUAUCAGCAGCAACCUCCACCAUUCCCACCACCGGCCGGCUAUCCGCCAGGCUAUGGUCAACCUCCUACUCCAUAUGGCAUGCCACCUGGUCCUCCGCAGCACAACGCUCCGAACUUUCAAGGAGAUCCGAACAACUUGCAGAGUUUGCUGUCGACAUUGAAUCAGCCACCAUCUCAUGCAUCGCAGCAUGGUCGCACACCAUCGUAUGGCGCACCACCUGCUGGCUACCCACCGAUGCCACCGCAGCAAUACGGUGGUCAACCUCAGCAGCCGGGAUAUCCUCCCCAACAAGCACCACCGCAGGCACCUGCAGCUGCUGGCGCUCCACCAGGCCAACCUCCGCCAAACAUGCAGGACAUUCUUGCUAGGCUGGGUACCUACAAUAGGUGA